CGUGUGUGUAGAGUUGGGUGUAGUUCGUUACAGUCCGGAGUAGUCAUGUCAAGGGUGUUGUCCGUGUGUUUUUAAAUCGAGAGAAACAUUUGAAGGAAAGAUGUGGCUCCAGCCAUAUGCAUUAUUAUUGUCCCUGUGCUAUUUCGCGUUACGUCAAAUUCAUGGCCAAUACCACAACAAUACAGUCACAUGGUGUACAGUCUCCGAGGGUGAACAGAACAAAUGUCAAGCCUUCUCCAGGGCAAUCGAUCGCGAGAGAGGCUCCUUUGGUUAUAGCUACUUUUCACUGCGUUGCAAGCAGGCUUUUAAUAAGGAAGAAUGUAUGACCAUGCUGGACCAUGAAAAUGCCCAGAUAACAACGUUGGAUGCUGGAGAGGUUUUUAUAGCUGGACGAUAUCAUAGUCUUGUACCAAUAAUGCAAGAGAUAUAUGAAAGCGGUGUGAAUUAUCAAUAUGCUGUCGCAGUGAUUAAAAAGGGCUCUCUGCCUGAAGUACAAACUUUGUAUGAUCUUAGAGGCAAGAAGGGCUGUUUCGCUGGUGUUGGAACACUAGCAGGUUGGGUUAUUCCUAUUAAUACUCUUAUGAGGUAUGGAGGAAUGGAAGUUAUUGAUUGUAACAAUCAUGUAAAAUCGACAAUUAAGUUUUUUGGGCCUAGUUGUGCAGUAAACUCUUUAAUCGAUAAAUAUAAUCCACUUGGUGAUAAUUCUGACCAGUUAUGUAGCUUAUGCAUUGGAAAAAUACCUGGUGGUAAGUGUACAAAUCAAGAUCCUUAUUCGGGAUACGAAGGAGCUUUCCGCUGCUUGGUCGAAGCAGGUGAAAUUGCCUUUUUGGUACACACAACUGUGCAGGAAAUGACUUCAACAACAUUCGAUUUCAGUUCUGUAAAGAAGGAACAAUUCGAAUUACUGUGCACGGACGGUACUCGCAGACCUAUAGACGAUUAUAGAACCUGUAACUGGGGCACUGUGCCAUCCCGCGCGAUAGUCACAUCUUCAGCAACCAAGUUCGAGAUUCGUCGAAUGUAUCAAAGAUUUCUUGAAAGAGCCGUUCGAAUACUGCACAGGAACAGGAAUGAUACAGGAGAUUUCAAUCGUUUUGACAAUCAGGGAGAUUUCAAUCGUUUCGACAAUAAUCAGGGAGAUUUCAAUCGUUUCAACAAUAAUCAGGGAGAUUUCGAGAACCGUCCAGGUUACAACAACAGAUUUGACGAAAAUGAAUUUAAUAGAGGUGGAUUUAGGAAUCCGAACGAAUAUAAUACGGACAACUGGGAUCGUAAUGGAUAUGAUCGAAGCUUUAGCGGUGGCGAAAAAGAAGGUGGAGGAAUAGGAGGAGGAGAAUUUAACUCAUGGGAGAGGCCAGCGAUUAAUGAUACGUUUAAUUACUAUAAUAGAGAAAGAGAUCAUACCGAAUCUACAAAUGUGCAACCGAUAGAAGUAUUCGAAUUAUACGAAUCAGCACCCAGAUAUGGAACACAGCAUAAUUUAAUAUUUUCUGACUCUGCUCGCGAUUUCGUACAACUGUCCGAAAAAGAUCAAACAUACACCGGAUACUUAGGAAGAUCUUUAGAUCAUGUAUUAGGAGUACGCCAUUGUCCUGUAAAUCGAAUGACAUUAUGCGUUACAUCUGAUCCAGAAAUGGAAAAAUGCGUAAAGAUGAAGAUUGCCUUAAAAGCUCAGCUCUUAAAACCAGAAUUACUUUGUCAUAGAGGCUACAGCCAAAUAAAUUGUAUGCAGCUGAUAAAAAGCGGAGUUGCCGACGUAACUGUAUUAGAUGCCAGUGACGUCUACACCGCUGGUUUACGUUUCGACUUGAUUCCGUUUAUAUCAGAAGUAUAUAAUCUUGGUACACCGGAUUAUUACGUUGUAGCCGUCGCUAAGGAGGAAGAUGAUAAUACAGAUUUGACAUAUCUUAAGAACAAAUAUACUUGUCACCCCGGAAUCAACACGGCUGCAGGAUGGGUUUACCCGCUGGCAUAUCUCAUCUCUAACAGCUGGAUCAGGGGAUAUGGUUGCGAUUCUAUACGCGCCGCAGCCGAAUACUUUAGUAAAUCCUGCGUGCCAGGCGCGCUCAGUACUGAAUACAAUACAGGCGUGCCUUAUGAUAACAUGUGCGAUUUAUGCCAUGGAGUAAGUUAUAGAUACUGCCGAAGAGACGCUUCCGAGGAUUACUUUGGAUAUACAGGUGCCUUUAGAUGUCUCGUAGAAGGAGGUGGCGAUGUAUCUUUUGUGAAACAUACAACAGUCGCGGAAAAUACUGACGGCAAGCGUAAGGAGUUCUGGGCGCGCAAUACAUUCACAAAAGAUUUCGAGUUGCUCUGUCCGGACGGUACACGCCGUCCGACUACAGAUUAUGUGAAUUGCAACCUGGGCAAAGUUGCUGCUAAUGCCAUAGUCACGCGCGGUGGUUAUUACGGUUAUAACGAGACGCAAAUCAACGCGUACAUCAAUCUAUUUAUAUAUGCUCAACAGUUCUACGGCCGAAAGGAGCAGGAUGAGUUCAGCUUUAGCAUGUAUUACAGUCCAUCACCUUAUAGCGAUCUCAUUUUUCAGGAUGCAACUCAACAAUUAGUGAUGACUGAUACUAGCCAAAUAUUCAAUAAUCUGAACCAAUCUACUGAACGGAAGCAGAAACCAGAUUCUGGUUUAACAUCCCAUACUCUGCCUUCAUCUGCAAAACAUACUAAUGUCAUAACAAGUAAAUACCAAACCCAUAAAUUAGUGGAUAGCAAACAAGUCUUGGGGCCAUUUCAUCAAUUCGAUAAGAAGGCAUUUCUUCUUGAUACGUAUGCCCGUAUCGUCGCUAGCAAUAACAGACGUUGCCCUAAACGACUACGUGAACUUGCUAAACCAAAGAGACAAGUUCGUAACGAUUUGGUCGACCACGAUGCAAAUUUCUACCACGGCCAUGUAACUAAAACUUACCGUGCUGAAGACAAAUGCAAUUUAAAAGAGUUUAAGAAGAAAUAAUUUGGCUUUCAUCAACAGAGUAUUUUAAAAAAUUUCUCAGCGUGAAUACUGCAGUUUUGAAUAACACAGAAAUCUAGAAGACAUCCAGGAGAAAAAAUAUCUAAUAAAUAUCUAAAAAAUUUAGAAGUUCUUUAAACCAUUAAUUUUUAAAUUAAUGCAUUUUUCUGGAAUGAUAAAAAUUUUUCUGUUCUUGUAAUGAAACUAUAAGAAGUACAGUCCAAUACAUUAAGUCUAAUACAA